AACCCAAUCGGAACCCUUCAACUCUGCCAUUAUCGCUCCAUUCACUCUCUCACUCUCUCUCUCGGCGCGCUCGAGCUCUGCAAGGAAGAUCUCUCUCCGUCUCACAGCCUUUGAAUUCCUCUCAAAUCGUCUCGCUCUCUCAUUCUCGCCAUGGACGAUCAAAUGAUUGACUUGCUCGCCGAAGAAUUCAACCGGAUUGCUCUCAGUUCUGCUACGAAGUCCGCUUCAGCAUCCAAAUCUGGUUGUGAGGAAACUGAAGGUGACACCUACUCGAAUGGUGACACCUGCGAGGCGAAUGGUGCCACCUGCGAGGCGAAUGGUGCCACAUGCGAGGCGAAUGAUGCCACAUGCGAGGCGAAUGAUGCCAGUUGUGAGGCAAUUGAAACACAGGAAUUUUCACCAGGACAGGGUCAGAUCCUUCCUAUAUUGGAGAAAGUCAUGAAUUUGAGCACCAAAAUACAGGACCUGAAGAAGCAACAUUGCAUAAUCUCCAAUGAAAUGAAUGGCAUGAGGACAAACAUUUUUGCUGCCCCUGAAGUUAUCAACGCGCUUGAAAACCUCAAUAAAGAGCACGAGAGGUUGAAGAUGAAGUACCUCGAAGUAUCAUCAGAAAGGAAAAGGAUAUAUAAUGAAUUGAUAGAGAUUAAAGGGAACAUCAGGGUCUUCUGUAGAUGUCGGCCAUUAAACUCGGCAGAAAUGGCCAAUGGCUUAGCAUCUGUGGUUGAGUUUGACCCAGCUCAGGACAAUGAGCUCCAGGUCAAUUGCUCUGAUUCUUCAAAGAAGCAGUUUAAAUUUGACCAUGUGUUUAAACCUGAAGACGACCAAGAGGCCGUGUUUGCCCAAACUAAGCCUGUUGUCGUUUCAGUCUUGGAUGGGUACAAUGUUUGCAUAUUCGCCUAUGGGCAAACUGGUACAGGGAAGACGUUUACUAUGGAAGGAACACAAGAAAAUAGGGGUGUUAACUACAGGACACUGGAGGAGUUGUUCCGGAUAUCUGAAGAUAGAAGGGGAACUAUGAGAUAUGAGUUGUCUGUCAGCAUGUUGGAAGUUUACAAUGAAAGGAUAAGAGACCUCUUGGUAGAGAGCUCAGAUGAACCCAUUAAGAAAUUGGAGAUAAAGCAAGCUGCAGAGGGAACUCAAGAGGUCCCAGGACUAAUGGAAGUUCGUGUUUUUAGUACUGAGGAUGUAUGGGAACUACUAAGGUCUGGAAGUCGGGCCAGAUCAGUAGGAUCCACAAGUGCAAAUGAGAUGAGCAGCCGCUCUCACUGCCUGCUCCGAGUGACUGUUAGAGGUGAUAAUCUUAUUAAUGGACAUAAGACAAAGAGUCACCUUUGGAUGGUAGAUUUAGCUGGCAGUGAGCGUGUUGGGAGGAUAGAAGUUGAAGGUGAACGUUUGAAGGAAUCUCAAUUUAUUAACAAGUCCCUCUCAGCCCUUGGUGAUGUGAUUUCUGCUCUUGCAUCUAAAACAGCCCAUGUUCCUUACAGAAACUCAAAGCUUACCCACAUGCUGCAGAGCUCUCUAGGAGGGGAUUGCAAAACAUUGAUGUUUGUCCAGAUCAGUCCAAGUGUUGCAGACCUUGGAGAGACACUUUGUUCUCUAAAUUUUGCAAGUCGGGUUCGUGGGAUUGAGAAUGGUCCUGCUCGUAAGCAGGCAGAUGUUAGUGAGCUUUUCAAGUACAAGCAAAUGGUGGAAAAGCUAAAGCAUGAUGAGAGGGAAACGAGGAAAUUACAGGACAGCUUGCAGUCGUUGCAAUUGAGGCUCGGUGCAAGAGAACACGCAUUUAGAAGCCUUCAAGAAAAGGUACGAGACUUGGAACAGCAGUUAUCAGAGGAAAGGAAGAUGAGAAUGAAACAGGAAACUCGAGCACUAACGGCUUCCUCUGCUCAAUCCUCAUUGCCACAAGUGAAACAAGCUCCUCUCAAGCCUAUACCAGAGAAGAAGCCCCCUCUCGGUCCUUCUAAACUGAGACUCCCUUUACGAAGAAUCACAAACUUAGUUCCUCCAUCAUCUCCUCUGCACACGCGGAACACUCGAUUGCCUACCUUAAGAACUUCAUCCUUAUCAUCUAACGACAAAGAGAACGUUCCCAAGUCAAAUGUUGUCACCAACACGAAGAGCUUCCUGAAACAACCUCGAAGAAUUUCCAUUGCGGCGAGACCGCCUCCUGCUUCAGGAACAAAGCAGGUGGUCCAGCCCAGGAGACGAGUCUCCAUUGCUACCCUCCGCCCAGAGCCGAGCUUGCAUGUGCCCUCUACUCCGUUAAACAGGCAGUCUUCUGUAAGAGACACGAGAAAGGCUCGGUACUCGAGGUUGUUCUCUCCGAUGCCUGAAUUUACAACUCCCAUUGCCGUGAGAAGCAGCAGCAAGUUCAGGGGAAGUCCAAACACCACCACCAACUUUCAGCCCGGUUCCUGGAAGCCAAGGCAUCCCACGGUGGUUGCCUUGCAGCGCAAGUCGUUGGUAUGGAGCCCGCUCAAGUUGAGAGGGAUGAUGAAGAAUGUCAGGAGGCCAUCGAUGGUGCCUUCACGAUCUGAGAUGCGAUAAGAAGCUCAAGACAGCCGAAGAAAAUCAGCAAAACAUCCCCUCGUAGUCUGUUUCCCGUAGUUUUGUUGGUAUCAUUGGGUCCAAAAUGUGUAUGCGCCUUACUGAUUCUUCCAUACUUUGGAUGAAAUAUUUGUUCUAUAACAGAAACUCAUUGCAGCAAAUAGCAAAAUCAGACUGAUAAAUGUUUAAAAACUUGGGAUUUGUGAUA